AUGGUUCUGCAAAAGUCCUCGGCAUCCUCCAUCUCUCCGAUGCUACCCGUGGGUUCCAAUCUGUUUAAUGGAGCUAGUAGGCUGAGACCAAGGUUUUUGUACUGCCAGGAUCUUGCCAGACCGCCUUGCAUAAACCUUUCACAAAAUUCAGCAAUUCGGUGGCUAUCAUCUGAUGGCAAACCAGGAAGCGAUGGUAACAGGCGAACCUCAGCCGAGGAGAGGACCCAAAACACCGCUGCUGAUCAGGCAAAAACAUCGAAGGAAGAAUCUUCUGGGGAAGGGCAGCGUGAAAAACUGGAUCCCAGGACCUUUCUCCUUGGUACUACAGCACGUCUUCGAAGAGUGGCGGAGUUUCAAGGGCAAUUAGGGGAUGAGAUAGCCACAUAUGCUAUCGUCGUUUUGCUUGGACUGAUAAUACUUGCUCCCAUCAUGGGACAGUAUAUGCGUCGGUCUGACAACGAAUAUGAUGAACUAGACACUGACGACCAAGUGGUUGACAUGGCAAGAAUAGUUAAGCGUGAUUUCUUGGAUAAAAUCUCGGAAGGGAGCCUGGAAGAUAAGGGUGUGGUCCACACCGUCAUUGGCGAUGUCCUGGCCAGCAAGUCACUUCAAGAACAGGCUAUCAAGUUUGUUGUUACAAUUGUGCAAUCAGACCAGGUAAAGGCCGCCUGUCAAAAGUUGCUGAAGGAAUUAUGGAAUGACCUGAUCAAAGAUCCAGAGACGGCGGCACAAGUCAUCUUCCUACUCAAUGCAGCAAUCGAAAACCCCGAUAUUCGGUUAGCAGUCAAGAAACUGGUGCUGGACAUUGUGGAAGAUGAAGAGGUUCUGGAAGAGCUCGUUCGAAUGCUGCAGAAGUUGGGUGAAGACCAAGAGGUCCUUGAUGCGACGAAAACGCUUCUCACGGAAAGCGCCCACAACGCACUAAACGACCCCGAUAUUCUUGAUCAUUCGAUGGAGUUUGCAACAGAUGUUGUGGGAGACGAUGUGGUACAGCGUACGGCUGGUGAGGCGUUGCGCAACACGCUUUCAUACGCCGUGCAGCCCGGAAUGACAAUACUUUUUGCUGCAGCAGGAGUUGGGCUUCUUUUUUUCUCUGUCAUGUCAUUGGGCUACGCGAGGUCAUCCGAGCAGGAUGCAAAAGUUUUGGAUCAAGCAGUAUCUGGAUUGGCCCGCUCAUUACAGCCGAGUCCGAGACUCACAGAUCGCUUGUGGAACGUGAUCACCUUGCCAUUUCGUGCCAUCUCAACCGCCGUUGAAGCAGUAUUCACUACCGUGCUGCUUCCAUUCCACCUCGUCCAGCGUACUGUCGCACAGAUGAAGUACACAAGUCAGGCUGCUAGCAAAGCAGCAACGACGACAACCGCUUGGCUUGUUGGAAACAUCCAAUCCACAUAUGCAUGGGUAACGACCGGAGCCACGGCGUUAUCCACAUCAGUGAAUCACUAUGGAAACGUGAUCAUCAACUUCAUAUUGGCCCCCAUUUCAUGGUUGUCGGGCAGCGGGAGAAACUCUGAACAAUCCACCACGAAGGUUACUUUGACUGAAACCGUCGUGGCUGGACUUAGCGACACCUGGAGCUCGGUCCCACGCGAAACAAAGGCAUUGGCGUGGGUCUCUUUGGAUAGAGCUGCAGAGUCUUUCCGUUUGUGGCAGAGCUACUUUCCUUCCCUUUUCUCUUCGAAAAGAGUUGUCGGGUCAGAGUAG